AUGGCACAGUUAAGUGUAUAUCUCUACGUUGCCAAUGUUGUGUGCUACAUUCGAAUAGCAAUUGUGGCCUACGCAUGGUUCCUGGCCAAGGACGAUGUGUGCUUCGCGUCUUUGUUCUUCAUUUCCAUCGUCCUCGACGGAGUUGACGGAUGGGCAGCACGACGCUUCAAGCAGGUCUCCGCGUUUGGUGCGUGGCUGGACGUCAUCAUAGACCUCUGGGCGAGAGCUAUGUUGUGGGGAGUCGUGUGGCCAGAGUUCAGCGGUUUCGUGGUCUCUAUGGAAUGGGCAGGCUUCCUCUGCAACUACAGCGAGGCCGGAAAGGAUUGGAAAAAUCCGCGGGACCAUCCAUUAUUUAUCAGGAUGCUUCUGAAGAACGGCUUCAAGAACUUCUGGGGUGGUAUCAUGGUCACCGGGACGCAUUUCUUGCCGUUGGGAAUGUUCGCGAGAGAAAAGGAGUUGCUGUGUUCUGGUGUUAUCCGUUCAAUCGUGCUGUUUCUGUGGUUCGGAAAAGCCAUCUCGUUUUACUUCGAUUACUACUUUAUCACGCGUCACAUCCGCAAGUUAGUGGCGCGUGUUGAUUGA